AUGUUUUUUAAAUGCUAAGUUUAAUAUGAUAAAUAAUAGUUACUCUAAUGUCCCCUUUGUAACCGUAUGUAUGGACGACUACUCCUACACCAUAAUCCACUUAUAAUAGAUUAAGUGAGCAAAAUCCUAAAUCUGACCCAUUAAGCUGCAUGUUAGCAGAAUAUUUCAUUCUCCCCCUGUAGCGAUUUUCUUUUCUGAGGGUGUGUGAUGUUGGUGUGACAUUUCUACACCUGCGUAUGCGACCUUUCAACUCGGCCACAUCACAAGACACUUUGAAGUGACCGCAGGAGCACAUGCCGAGAGGACAGUCCAACAUUGGUUAAAUAGCCAGUACGGGAGAUCCACAUCAGCAUCUUUGAAUGUGUAUAGGUGAAUACACAAGAGAAGCACUGAAAUCAUUGCAGAAUAAAUCGAGCAGCCCAGAGCAGCAGCGAACAGAGCUGUGAUCAGUCCCAUGCUGCAGGUUGUAACUGUGAGAUGGAGGCUGGAAAAGUGUACAGCAGCAACACUGUGCUUCAAGCUAGAAAAGUUGUGGAGCAGCUGAGACUGGAGGCCAACCUGGACAGGAUCAAGAUCUCAGCUGCGGCUGCUCAGCUCGUGCAGUACUGUCAGGAGCACCGGCGUGGAGAUCCACUGCUCACAGGCAUCUCUGCCUCCUCCAACCCAUUCAAAGACAAGAAGACUUGUGUGCUACUGUGAGAGUGCAGAACCAUAUGUACAUAUUAAUAAAGGCAAUGUAUUAAUAUGUCUAUAUUUCACAUAUCACCUUCUUUAUUUAUUUCAUUAUUAUUAUUAUUGGGGGGUUUUUGAACAGUUUUCAUUGCUAUACUCACUCUCUCACUAUCCCCUCUGUAACAGGGUUGUUAUCCUCAUGCUUUAUUAGACCAUAGCCUACUUGAACUAGCAAGAGGAUGUUUUUCAUCCUUAGUUUAAAAAUAAAAACUUGAACAGAGAAAUUAUGAAAGGUAUUUGCAUAUUGCAGAGACUGAUAACCGACACUAACAUACUGUUUGUUGUC